AUGACCUUAGAAGAAGAAUUAUUAAUUCACUUGAAUAGCAAUGAAGAAACAUUUGCAACCAAACUGCUACAUGUAGAAAACUUUUUCAAAUCCUCUGAGUUACCUGCUCGAUGCAAAAUUAUCCUCAUAAAAUGGAUUUUAGAUCAACAAAAUGAUGUUGAGUCUAUGUGGAAGUGUCUGGAAAGUUUGGUUUCUUCAAAUCAUUUUAAGGGAAUCACAAGGAAUGAAAUAGACAGUCAGAGUAUAAAGGAUAUUGUUGAAGGCAUUAUUCAUAAAGUUGCAGUUCAACCAGAAAUUAGGAAAAAUGAAUAUCUCAUCGUGAAACAUCUUAUCGAUCACAAAGUAUUUGAACAAUAUUUCAAAUUCGAUUUGGAACUUUAUUUGAAUUUAAUCAACAGUAUUUUGAUGAAUUUAAAUACACAAGAAUAUUUGUUAGAUUUUUUAAAUUCUAAUUUAUUCUACAAAAGUUUACUGAACACGGAGGUUUUCGUAAAGAAUUUUAUGAACUUUAUAUUCCCAACUUUAAAUAAGUGCCUAAAAAAAUUCGACGAUAAGAAAGUGUUUCUACAUGCAUCAAAAGUAGUACAAAAGUGUUUGUUUCACAAUAAUCGGAAGAAUUUUGAGAAUUUUGUGAACGAAAUCUUUAAACCAACUGGUGUGGAGUAUUCAGGAUUUAAUAUCAUAUUGGAACAUCUCAAAACUACUAUUGAAUCGAACAAGAAAUCAUCAGAAAAUCAAUUCAAACUCCUUUUUCACGCUUGCUUGGUUUCAUAUGGAAAUGAUCCUUUAUUAACAUAUAAAUUCUUUCUAAUUUUACUUCACAUUAUCGGAUUUCGGUACGAAAUAAUACCGUUAACAAACAAUCUAAUUUCCAACAACCAGAAGGAGACUAAAAUAUCCUACAAAAUAUUACUAGAUUUACUGGACGUUCUAGAAGAGACCAAAUUAGAAACAAAUUGCAAAAUCAACGAAGUUAAUAUCACCGAAUUGUUAAAAACGAUUUUAACCGAAUCGAUCAUUCCCAACAAACCGUCCAAAACGAAUUAUCAAAUUAUCGAAAAAACUAUCCAAUUAGAUCCUGCCAUAACACAAACGUUGACCGAACAAAUCCUAAAUUACUCGCUGCUGGUAGACAAUUCCAACCACAUUGAACAAUACGAAGGAUUAAUUCUGACGAUAUUCGAGCUGUUUUCGAAAUUGCACAGAACCGAGAAUUUAAUCUCUAAAAUAGUUAUAACACUUAACAAUUUCUUCGAUAACGAGAACAACACCGAUUACCUGGCUGUCGAAAACGUUUUUACUAAGAAUAUUCUCGUAUCGUUUACGAAAAAUAUACAAACUCUAGCCAGCUGGCAAGUGAUAAACGUAUUCAAAACGUUCUUGUACGCUUUGAACAAACAGCUAGAAAAAGAAACUACUGAGGAUGUUUAUUGUCUGCAUAUGGAACUUCUCAGCGAAUUGAUUUGUACCUUUUUGUCCAGCAUAAGAGUGGCUGAGCACACGGUGGCCUCAAACGUAGUUGAAAAAACCAAAAAAUGCCUUCAGGAACUACAAGAUAUCCUGAAAACGUUCGGAAAAUCGCUACUAAACAAAACCCAUAAUUGCAGCUUAAUGAGGUCCUUCUUGAAAAUAGCCUUCCACUGGGCUGAAAUGGGGAUUAUACUGAAGUAUUACUCGAGUACUCAGGAUUCUACGCAGAAAAAAGCAUUAGAAUACAAUAGCAUGGCGAGCAAUAUUACCUACUUACACCCGUAUUUAACCCACGAAGAUUGGUGCUCGAUUGCGGAGAGGAUCAACAACUUCGGGGAAGUUCCUUGCAAGCAAUUAUUGUACAAAUUGUACACACAGAAAGUUCGAGCUUUGUGCAUAUUCGAGCAGAAACUCACGAACGAAGUGUUAGCGGAUUUAUCGAGGUAUCUUACAUCAGAUUUGGAGAAUAAUUGGAAGGAUAUCUUGCAGGAUAAAUUCCUAACGAACAAUUUAAUGCCUACUUUAGAUCCGGAAGAUAAACUUAUUUUGGCCGAAAAGAUCGUUUCGAACAUCAACGAUUUUGGGAAUGUUUAUCAAUACGCUCACGUAUUUAACAACGCUUCGAUUCUAAAUACAGUAAUUUAUUAUAUUAUUACGAAAUGCGAUAGAAUCUUGGCGAAGAGGAAGAGAAAAUCCGAUGAAAAUUUGAGCCUGUCGAAAUUAAUUAGCACGAGAAUUUGCGAGUGUUUAGACACUGUUGGAUUCCACGAUGAGAAUAUUUUGAGCGAUUCUAUCGGCAAAAUGAGCGAAAUAUACAAAUCAUCCGAUAAUAACUCGGAUUUAGAAAUAAAAUUCAACGAAGAGAAACUUUUGGAAUUGGUUAAAAUAUUGAAACAUUUUCCGGUGAUCUUCUGCGAAGCAAAUGUGCAAAAUUUUUUCAUCUUGUAUUUCUUUUCGCUGCACAAAGACCUCAGACGUUGUUUUUUUAAAGGGCAUUUCGUGGAAUUGAGGAAAUUUUUAGAGGAUUUAAUAGUUGGUACAUUGCAACAGUACAAGUACAAAUUAGCCAACAUAUUCGAUAUAAAACCGCUUUGUUUAGAGAUCCUACACAAUUUCAAUGAAUGGAAAGAACUGUUUGUUCUAAUAAUAGAUAAUAUAUUCAAAUACAAUGAUUCAAUCGCUAGUUAUGAUUCACUCAUUAAGAAUAUUACAAAUAACUUGCAUAGUCCUGUCUACUUGCAAUGCGGAAUUGUAAUUAUAAAUGCCGUUAACAAGUUAAAAAAAUUGAAAGUACCCAAAGAAGUCAAAAGCCUUACAGAGAAUUACAAAUCGUCGAUUUGCAAGGGAAUUUGCGAUUUGGUAUUGACCAGCGAGCCCAAUGAUCAUUUAGUAUGCGGAUAUGCACAGGCCCUGAAAAUAUUGUUUGUUCAGAACGAAGACGAGAAGCUUCAGAAGAUGUUGGAGGUUUUGAAUUCUUACGUGAAUUUCGCCUUGGAGAAGAAGGAAGACUUCGACAAGACCGGCUAUUUAUUACUGUUCAAUACGGUGUUAAAUAACAAAACGAAAAUCGACGAAUUCGACGAUGAGCUGUACUUGAAAAUUUGGGAUUUGUGCAAAUGCAACGAGAAAGUUUUCGCCAGAACGGAGGAGUACUCGCAAUUGGUGUUUUUGAUGGUUUGUUUGAUGUCCAACGAGCAAUUCGAUCGCGUCAUCGAAGACCUAGCGUUCCUGUCUAUUGAUGCUCUUAAAGAAAAUAAUUGUAGAAAUUUCGUGUGCUUCCUCAAAACGUGGGAGUCUAUAAUCUCUGCUAAUAUCAAUCCCGUUAAAACUAAUCGCUUGCAACGAGGCGUGGAGAGUUUGCUGAGCAAUUCGCUCGUACAUUUAGAAUCAUCCCGAUACGAUGGAGAAUUAUUCGAGAACAUCCUACGGUUCGAAAUAUUGCUGGUUCAAACGAAACACCUUCAUCUCACGCCGCCCACGAUGGAUUUGCUGAUACUAAGCGUGACGAUUUUGCUGGACAAGGAGCCGCUGUCCUUCCCUUCGUUCUACAAUUUGCUGGUGUCCUUGCUGUCGAAUUUGCUGAAAUUCAGGAAAGCUCUCGUCAUGGACAGGCUCCCGCCUUAUUUGCAACAAUACAGGGCUUUGCUGAGAGCGUUGUGCCUGAAGGGGGAUUCGAACAAAGAGAGAAACGAGCAUUUCGUGAGGGAUUUGUCCGAUUGCGCUUACCAGUUGGAGAAACUGACGAAGAGCUUGGUGGUGCAUCAGAAGGACAUGUCCAGGAUCGCUAUGUAUUUAGUGGCGGAUAUUCUGGCGCAGUACGAGAAAGUUACCAUUUAUCCCAAUAUUAAAAUGCAUUUGAACAACUGCAUUUAUAGUUUGAUAACCAUCUGUGAUCAGCACGCUGUGGCGUAUUUAAUGAGAGUGUUGUCGAGUGCUUCGACUGAAAUUUUCAAAGUAAUGUACGAGAAUUAUAAAAAAUACUACAGGUUCACCGGGAAAGCUUAA